CCGUCGACCAGCGCUCCCUCAGUACUCUCGUGCGCGUCCGACCCGAUGGGUGCAUGAUAGUCUUCCUUAUGGUUGCGAAAUCCCUCUGAUUUCUUCCUCGUCAAGUGCUUCUUCUGGAAAGGAAGCUUCUUUCGACGCGUUCCACAGCACACGAAGAUCAGCACUAGAUUCUGGAAUACAGAGCUGCUGACUUUCACCGAUUCUCUUCAGGACUCCUCAGGAUUCUCUUCGACUGACAAUCCUCAAGGAGGAAGUCUCAUUGAAAUCCUUACUUACUUGAUGUCAUAAUAGAAAUAUGUCGUAAUAGAAGUGAUUGACGAUCACUAUCUUAGUGAACUUUAAACGGAAUUCCCAACGUUCCCAAUUAACAUUUGAAUCUGAUCUCCGUUCUCCGUGAGUUUGUGCAUUGAACUCUCUUUUUCGGGAGGAAAAUAUAAGUUUCUACAGACCGAUUCUUCAAAUCUUUCAAUCUUUAAAAAGCUUUGGAUAAGCGUCUUAUCCAGUAUCAUUAUAAAUAUCGAACUUGAAUAGUUAGAUACUCCGAUUGUCAAGAAUCUUGACGUAGCGGGAAGAAAGUUUAUUUUAGCGGAGGUACGCGAAAAGAUCUUGCGCCAUCGUCCGAUAACGGGAACCGUUUAUUGCCUCCUUGCCAGCGAGUUUCUUUCCGCGCCUGGCUUUUUCUCAGCUGCUGAUCUGUUGAUGAUUUCCCCAGUGGAAUGUAACGAACACUUUGAGAUGGUCACAGUACUGGGAAGUGAAGCGUGCGGAUAAGUACAUUUGAUAGAGACGAGUACGAACGUGUCCUUGACGUGAAAUAUCACGUCGAUGUUACACGAGAGAAGACGAGCGACGUUGUCAACUGAAUAAAAGGAGACUUCGGACUUCGGAUCGACGUAUCGCGAAAAGAAAAUCCAUCCAGCAGCUAGCAUGACAAUGGUCGUCAACAAGAUCAACAUGUCGUCGUAUUCCGUACCGCGGCGUACCUUCUUCUCGGGUCUUCACACAAAGAUGUCGGAGUUCCCAGCGGAGGGAGGCGAAAACGGAGACAUGCAGACCGUCAUGGAGAACUUCCAGAAGAAAAACAACCUAGUGACCGGGAGGACGCAUCACGUCACCCAUCAUCCGCAGGUCACCACCACAUCGUCGCAGAUGCUGACGACAAAUCAGAGCCAACACCAGAGUAGCAGCAGCACUAGUAGUAGUAGCAGCAGCAGCAGCACAAGCAGCAGGGUGGCCAAGUCCUCGCAGAGGAUCCUCACUUCGUCUUCGUCGAGUGAGAUGAAGGCGAGCUCCAUGAAGAGCGAUCUGACAGAACUCAAGCGUGGCAUCUCAGAAAUGAAAAAUAUUUCGACCAACUUCUCGCAGCGGUUGCGCAGCAGCAUGGAGAACCUCGUGGACAGAGAUAGCAGUGGACCGGAAGAGGCCGAUCUCACAGAGCCAUUGGUGACUUUUCCGGAUCCAGACACGCCACCACCUGUCAGCGACGCUGUAACAUUAACAGGCAAUUCUCCGUCUCAGUUGAGUUCCUUGAACUCGCUGAAUAAUCUUCAUCACAGCAUAAGCCCGCCAAUAAACAUAUCAAAUAUGGCAAAUUUACCUGCCGGUCAGGAAACUAUGAAAUUCGAACAAAAGAAAAUGACUAGCGCCUCGAAGACAAAGGUCGUCACAGAUGGAUUUAGCGCUGAAAAGGCGACGGCGAACAGUGCCGAGAUGAGAGCUCUGCAAGCCGGCGAUGUUUCCUACAAGGAGCAAAGCGCCGCAACGGCGGCGAGGGCACGCGUUGAGCUUGACGGCGUCUCGGCGGAGAAGAGCAUCGCUGCUGCGAGGGAGCAGAGAAGCUUGAAAGCUGGUGAUCUCUCACAUCAGGAGAGCAACAACAUGGCAGCAUCCACUAUGAAACUUCAAAGCGAUUCCUUUACCUCUGAAAAGAAGGCAAUGGCAGCGCAGCAGCAACGGCAGACGGUCACCUCGACUGGCAUUUUCAACCAUGAAAAGCAUAUGGCUUCGAGUUCGCAGUCGAGUAUCACGAUUGCAUCCAAGUCGGGCGUGAGUGCAUCCAAGUCAUCGAUGAUCAACGCGGCGAGUGCGGUUAAUCAGUUGAUGAACGGCAUGCGACCUCCGACAGCCGAGGACGAGCUGUUGUCCUUACCCUUGGACGAUCUGGAUCUAUUAUGCUCCAAGUCGAAUCCGCAGGAUGUGGACUGCGCGAUUGCCAAGUAUUGCAACCUGCUCGAUAGCUUCGUGGAGCGGUUGAAGGCGAGCGCCGACGGUGGCAAGAUCAACAGCAGCAGCAGCAAAGCACCACAGUUGUUGAACAGGGUGAACGAGAUCAUACGCAAGGCUUGGGCGGUACCUACGCACGGCCACGAGCUAGGUUACACUCUGUGCAACACCCUGAGGACGCGCGGCGGUCUCGAUCUACUCAUGUCGAAUUGCGUGGCGAACGAUCACGAGCUGCAGUUCUCGUCGGCGAGGUUGCUGGAGCAAUGCUUGACCACGGAGAAUCGCGCCCACGUGGUAGAGAACGGCCUGGAGAAGGUGGUCAACGUGGCGUGCGUGUGCACGAAGAACGCCAAUUCGGUGGAUCACGCGCGCGUCGGCACCGGAAUACUCGAGCAUUUAUUUAAACAUAGCGAGGGCACCUGCAGCGACGUGAUUAGACUGGGUGGUCUGGACGCGGUGCUGUUCGAGUGCCGAAAGAACGACGUGGAGACUCUGCGUCAUUGCGCGGGGGCAUUGGCGAAUCUGUCGUUAUACGGCGGUGCUGAAAACCAGGAAGCGAUGAUCAAGCGCAAGGUACCGAUGUGGUUAUUUCCAUUGGCCUUCCAUAACGACGACAACAUCAAGUAUUACGCUUGUUUGGCUAUCGCCGUACUGGUUGCCAACAAGGAAAUCGAAGCGGCUGUCCUCAAGUCUGGCACCCUCGAUCUUGUCGAGCCUUUCGUUACGUCGCACAACCCUUACGAGUUCGCCAAGUCAAAUCUGGCGCACGCACAUGGUCAGAGCAAGAACUGGCUGGAGAGGCUCGUGCCGGUUUUGAGCUCGAAGCGGGAAGAGGCUCGCAAUUUGGCGGCCUUCCACUUCUGCAUGGAGGCGGGUAUUAAGAAGCAACAGGGAAACACCGAUAUCUUCCGGACGAUUGGCGCGAUCGAGCCGCUGAAGAAGGUAGCCAGCUGUCCGAAUGCGAUCGCGUCUAAAUAUGCGGCGCAAGCUUUAAGAUUAAUUGGCGAGGAAAUUCCGCAUAAACUCAGCCAACAAGUACCUUUAUGGUCCACCGAGGACGUUCGAGAAUGGGUGAAGCAGAUCGGUUUCGCCGAGGUAGCCCCGAACUUUGUGGAAAGCCGAGUGGACGGUGACCUGCUGUUGCAGCUGACAGAAGAGAAUCUGCGCGAAGAUAUCGGCCUGACGAACGGUAUCAUGCGUCGCAGAUUCGCUCGCGAGCUGCAGAAUUUGAAGAAGAUGGCCGAUUACAGCAGUCGUGACACCGGUAAUUUGAAUAACUUCCUUCAAUCGAUCGGCCAGGAAUUUUCCAUUUAUACAUACAGCAUGCUGAACGCCGGCGUGGACAAGGACUCGAUACGCAAUCUCUCGGAGGAUCAGUUGUUAACUGAAUGCGGCAUCACCAACAGCAUUCAUCGGCUGAGGAUACUCGACGCCAUCAAGAACAUGCAACACAAUCAAUUCAGCUCGUGCGAAUACGAGUCACCCGACAAAUCUCUCGAUGUUUUCGUCAGUUAUCGCAGAUCGAACGGCUCGCAGCUGGCGAGUCUGUUGAAGGUGCAUCUGCAACUUCGUGGUUUUUCAGUGUUCAUCGAUGUCGAGAGGCUCGAAGCCGGCAAGUUCGAUAAUAAUCUGCUGCAGAGCAUCAGACAGGCCAAACACUUUCUUCUUGUGCUUACACCCCAGGCUUUGGAAAGGUGUAUACAGGACAGCGAAUGCAAGGAUUGGGUACACAGGGAAAUUGUUGCUGCUCUACAAUCACAGUGUAAUAUAAUUCCGAUUAUCGAUAAUUUUCAAUGGCCAGAACCUGAAGAACUUCCUGAAGACAUGCGAGCGGUUUGUCACUUCAAUGGUGUUCGCUGGAUUCAUGACUACCAAGAUGCUUGCGUAGACAAAUUGGAAAGGUUUAUGCGAGGCGAAAUACCUAUGAGAUCCGAUCUAUCCGGCGGAAUUCCGCGCAGCAUGGCGCCCAAAGACGUGGCCCAACCGAACACACCGAGUAACACAAACAUACGACAGCCGCCCAGUUAUCAAAGGAUGCACAGCAACGAAAGCAGGGGUAGCGACAAGGAUUCCACGGGUGGACGAGACUGA